AAUUUACCUUUAUAUUUUUUUUCCUUUCAGACUGAGAGAAUUAGCAGUAUGAGUACUGUGUGGCUGUUCAAGUCAUGUGAAGAGAGUAACAGUCAAUACAUCAGCAUUCUUACUGCAUCUGGGUUCUCACCAGUACAUGUUCCUGUCCUCAGUUUCCAGUUUUGUAAUCAAGUACCUUUGAAGAAUGCACUACAAAUUCCCCAAAACCACAGUGGAAUUAUCUUUACAAGUCAGAGGGCAGUAGAGGCAGUUGCUGAGAUUUAUUCAACGUUGAGUGUCAGCUGUCAUCAUACAUGGAGUGAGAAGAAGAUUUUUGUUAUAGGAGAAGCUACUGGCAGUGCUGUUCAGAAACUAUUGAAGCUAAGCUAUACAGGACAAGAGUCAGGAAAUGCACAACAACUUGCACCAAUCAUAAUAAAGGAGACUGAAGCCUUUGACAAACCUCUCUUGUAUCCGUGUGGCAAUUUAGGAAGAGAUGAGUUACCCAAGUUACUUGUGAAACAUGAUCGAGAUUUUAGGGCUCUCACAGUGUAUGAAACUUCACAGCACCCACAGCUCAAGUCAGUCAUACAAAAGUUGAUUUCUACUGGCCAGUUACCUACAUAUAUGGUGUUUUUCAGCCCAUCUGGUGUAAAUUUUACCUUAUCUAUCCUUAAGUCCCUGAGUGUAGAUAUAACAGGUGUCAAGAUGGUUGCUAUAGGACCAACAACUAAUACUGCUUUAGUUCAGCAAAAUAUCCCAGUGUCAGGAAUAUGUCCUUCGCCAACCCCUGAAGGUCUUCUGCAUGUGUUGAAAAGUCCACUUUAAGUGUAGGAAAGUAAACAUCAUUUACUAUACCAGAAGUUGUUAAUAUAUUGGCAAGGCUCAAAAUAUAAAGUUUAUUCACUGUCUGUUGCACAUUACUGUACAAUAUUUUAAAAUUUUCAUCAUUACUGUACAAGAAAUAUAUUACAGCAAGCCUUUUAAUAC